UCUGCCCUCCACACAUCACAUAUCAUGGGCACUCAGUCUGGAAGGUGUGCUGCCUGAGUCAUGGGAGGAGGCUGAACUAUCACAGGCAAAUGAGAAGCAUGUUUGUGCCUCCUCGAGGAGAAUGUGGCCUCAAGGGGCUGCCUUCGUGGCCCUGCCCCUCCUGGGGCCCACCCUGGUCUGGCUGCUCACCCAUCAUUGGCUGUCUGGUUGGUGUGACAGCCUGAGAAACCUGCCCUGGUGCCCAUCCCACAGAGUCUUGCUGCUGGUGUGGACAAGAAUCUACUCUGUCACGGGCUAUGCCUCCUACCUGGUGUGGAAGGACCUGGGAGGGGGCUUUGGGCAGCCCCUGGCCCUGCCCCUGGGCCUCUAUGCUGUGCAGCUCGCCAUCAGCGGGACCAUCCUGAUUCUCUUGUUCGCAGCCCACACCCUUGGUCUGGCCCUGCUGCACCUGCUGCUGCUUUUCGGGCUGGUGGUGAGCAUGGCGCUGACCUGGCAUCCCGUCAACAAGCUGGCUGCCCUGCUCCCGCUGCCCUACCUGGCCUGGCUCACCGUGGUCGCUUCCAUCACCUAUCGCUUGUGGAGGGACGGCCUCUGUCCAGAGCACCAGCCCCGGCCCACGGGGGAGAAGAGCGACUGA